ACAGCGAGCCCCUUAAAGGCCUCGGAGUCUGGGCAGAAGCAGAGCGUGUUUAUGGCCGUGCCUGGCGGCUCCAGCCCUUCUGCCCCGCGUUGUGUCCCCUGGUUCGGGGCUGUAGAAGCCUGACCUACCCCCCUACCCCGUCCUUACACCCUCCCCGGAGCCCAACCCGGAGCCUAGCCCGGCCAUGGCUGCGAAGCGGCGGCAGGAGGAGCAGCACCUGAAGCUGCUGCGGGAGAUGCUGACUCUGCCGCCCAACCGGAGCUGCUUCGACUGCGCCCAGAGAGGACCCACUUACGCCAACAUGACCGUGGGCUCCUUCGUCUGCACCACUUGCUCGGGAAUAUUGCGAGGGCUGAACCCACCGCACAGAGUGAAGUCCAUCUCUAUGACCACUUUCACACAGCAGGAAAUUGAGUUCUUACAGAAGCACAGCAACGAGGUGUGUAAGCACAUCUGGCUAGGGCUGUAUGAUGACCGGAGCUCCGCCGUGCCGGAUUUCCGCGAGCCUCAGAAGGUGAAGGAGUUCUUGCAGGAGAAGUACGAGAAGAAGAGAUGGUACGUUCCUCCAGAACAGGCCAAGGUUCUGGCCUCGGUUCAGGCCUCCAUCUCUGGUUCCUCAGCAAGCAGCACAAGCAGCACCCCGGAGGUCCUGCCUCAGCCAAUCAAAACUCUGCACCUAAACAAAACUCCAUCCAGCCAGUCUCCGGUGUCCAGCCGUGUCCAGUCUCAGGCUGCUCUGCAGGAGAAGAAGUUUGACCUGCUGUCUGAUCUGGGUGGAGAUAUCUUCGCCGCUCCUCCGUCUCACUCUGCUGGAACCUCAAACUUUGCCAACUUUGCACAUUUCAACAGACCCUCAGCUCCGAGCAGCUCCUCCACCGACUUUGCCAACUUUGAGGCGUUUGGAAACUCCAGUGUGUCCCAACAUUUCCCCCCACCACCAUCUUCAUCUUCAUCAUUACCACCUCCACCAUCAUCAUCUUCAUCAUCAUCAUCUUCACACCCUCAACCUUCCCUCCAGCCCCCCCAAACAGGAGGAAGUGUGUCCGUGCCCCCACUGCCCACCAUGGCACUGCCCACCGGUCAGCCUGGCAUGUCUGGGCAGGACCGCUACGCCGCUCUGGCAGAACUGGACAGCGCCCUCAGCACAUCCCAUAAAGCUACACAGGGUGUAUUUGAUGCUGUGCCAGGGACUGCAGCACCCCCGCCUCAGCCAGUACUUCCCAGCAUGCAACAGGGUUUUACAGCUGCUCCUUCCACAAAUCCGUUCUUGGCUUCCGGAGUGCCUGCAGAGCCGAUGUCCACCAACCCGUUCCAGACCAACGGUAGAGCCUCCGCUUCAGGGUCCAUGAGCAUGCCGGCUGGUUUUGGGAACACCCCCAGUUACUGCCUGCCCACCAGCUUCAGCGGGACCUUCCAGCAGCCGUUCCCCGGCCAGGGGCCAUUCCACCCCAUCCCGCCCCAGGCCUACCCUCAGCCCAAUGGUGGAUUUCCUGCUUACGGCCAGGCCAAACCUCCCAUGACUUACGGCCAGCCUGCCAUGUCCAGCAACCCGUUUAUGAGUGGAGCCCCAGCUGGACCAUAUCCUACAGGAGGAUCCUCCACCAACCCGUUCCUCUAAACACACACACACACACACACACACACACACUCACACACACACUGAGGUGAUUCUGUUUUAUAUUCACAGCACUGAGCGUAUGAGCGUUAUAGAGUAAGAGUCGUGGAGAGUUUCCCUCACCUCACCCUCGUCUGUGUGUUCAGGAACAAACGCAACAUUUCUGGAGUCUGAGCAGAACUUCCAGAUUCAUGCUCCUCUUCAUCAGUUUGGGGACAGCCUGCGUCCUCUUCAGACCUCAGAUCUUUGUUUUAUCUUGUUAUAGUUUUUUGUUUGGAGUUUGUAUUGCUUAUCAGUUCCAUUUGAAACCCUCCCUGCAGUGUUUUUUUUCAUAGUGAUGAUAAUGAUGAAGCACUUGUGCACUGAUUUAUUUCAGUAUACUUAUCCUCAGCUUCUCCUCAGCUAAAAAUAUUCGUCUUAUUAGAAUUAUUUGAUUUAAAUGUCAUUUCUAAGAGGCGUUACCAAGACCUUUUCUAAAUAUCCUGCCUCCACAACUAAAAAGUGGGGCUUUAAGACUGGGGGUUUGAGACGGAUCCGUUGAGAGUGGGGGUUUCUAAGACGUUGAGAGUGGGCGUUUGAGACGGAUCCGUUGAGAGUGGGGGUUUCUAAGACGUUGAGAGUGGGCGUUUGAGACGGAUCCGUUGAGAGUGGGGGUUUGAGACGGAUCCGUUGAGAGUGGGGGUUUGAGACGGAUCCGUUGAGAGUGGGCGUUUGAGACGGAUCCGUUGAGAGUGGGCGUUUGAGACGGAUCCGUUGAGAGUGGGCGUUUGAGAGGGACUCAUCCAGAGUCUGGUUUUGUUGAGAGUGGUGGUUUUUGGCGAGCUUUUCCAAAAUGAGGGUUUGAGAUGGAGUCGUUCAGAGUGGGGGUUUUAGAUGGACUUGUUCGGAGAGGGGGUUUGACACGAUUUCGCUUAGAAGGGGAUUUGAGAGACUGUCUCGCCCAGAAUGAAGUUGGGGUUUAAGACGGAUCUGUUGAGAGUGGUUUGUGGCAAAUUCACUCAGAAAAGGGGUUUGAGACGGACUUGUCCAGAGUGGUGGUUUGAGAUGGGUCUGGUGCGAAGUGGGGGUUUGAGACAAAUUCACUCAGAAAGGUGUUUAAGAGGGACUCAUCCGGAGUUGGGGGUUUUAAGACAGACUGGUCUGGAGUAGGGAUUUGAGACUGACUAAAAGUGUCUGUUUCAAACUCACACUCCGGACCAGAAUGGUGGUUUGAGACAGAUUUGUUGAGAGUGGCAGUUUAAGAGAUGAGCUUGUCCAGAGUGGGGGUUUGAAAGACCAUUUCGUCCAGAGUGGGGGGUUUUAAACAAUUUCACACAAAGAGGGUUUGAGAGGGAUUCAUCCAGAGUGCGGGUUUGAGUCAGUUUUGUUGAGAGUGGGGGUUUCAGACGUACUAGUUUGGAUUGGUGGACUGGUCUGGAGUAGUGUUUGAGACAAGCUCGUCCAGAGUAGGGGUUUGAGAUGGAGUGGUCCGGAGUGGGCGUUUUAAGACGGGCUGGUCCAAAGUAGGGUUUUGAGAUUGAGUGGUCCAGAGACGGACUCGUCCAGAUUGGGGUUUUGAAUGGACUGGUUCAGAGUGGGGGUUUUAGAGACGGACUCGUACAGAGUGGGGGUUUGAGAGAUGGACUCGUACAGAAUGAUGUGGGGGUUUGAGAGAUGGACUCGUACAGAGUGGGGAUUUGAGAGAUGGACUCGUACAGAGUGGGGGUUUGAAUGGACUCGUACAGAAUGAAGUGGGGGUUUGAGAGACGGACUCGUACAGAGUAGUUUUUUUUUUUUUACCUGCUGUGUGAGCAGAGCCUGUAAAGUAAGAAUAUAUAAAAGCAAAAGAGUCACGAAUGCUGUUGGAGGGUAAUUUCAGAUGCAAUUUUAUCUAUGCUGUAUUUUAUUUUUUACGUUUGUUUAAGUUGCUGGAUUCGUUUGUUGAACAGGUUUGGGCGGGAAAGCAGGCUGUCCCCGAACUUUUGACAGGCAGUGUUUGGCUUUGAUUCAGUAAGUAAUGUUUUACGCCUAGAAGUUAAGCUCCUUGUGCAUAUCAAUAUUUGUAAUUCUUUUUAAAUGCGUUAUUUACGAUGCGAUUGCGAACGUGUGAAGCGGCGAGUUUAGAGACACUGUGAAGAACGAAGCUGACUGAACUCAACUCACCUCAACUGAACUGGACGGUUGAUCUUCUGCGCUGCUCUACAGGACCUCCAGCGCCGCCGAUUUACCGCGACUGAAACCAAAACCGGCGGCGGUACCGAGCGCUGAGCUCCGUACGGAGGAGAGGAAGGCAGGCAGGUGUGUAGCCGGGCCCGACCGAUACAGAUAUUUCCACCAAUACUGAAUUUACACACUUAAAAUGACUGGAAAUGUAUCAAAAACUGAUAAUUCUGAUAUAUAAUUAGGCCCGUCACGAUAACUUUCAUUAUUUAAAAAUGUUCUGCAUUGUGGUUUAAUACUAAACUCAUCCAAACUAGAAAGAAAAGCACAUGGAAUUAUUUACUUCUUCAAAGUACAGUCAACUGGAAUUCAGGCUUUCAGUUAACAGCUGUGCUGAACUCGUCAAGAGUUAAUGAAUACUUAAAUUCCUUGCCUCUUAAUGUGUUUGAGAGCAUCAGUUGUAAAGUUGUGAAGAACAACUACUUUUUUAAGAACUUUGAAAGUAAAAAUACCUUAAUGUUAUAAUAAUAAUAAUAAUAAUAAUAAUAAUAAUAAUAAUAAUGAUGGAACUGGCACUCAUCAGGGCCACUCCAGUAAAAAAAAAAAAGAAAAA